GUAACUCAUCUGGCUUGAAGCAAAACAUAUAAAACGAUUCGUCUGCCGAUGAUCAAGUAUCACUCGCUUCAAGUCAUUUCAUCGGCUUAGUUCGAUCCAAUAAUCCACUUACGGUAACCCCUAACAUGAAGGCAUUCGUAGUGUUGUCCAUGGCCCUGGCCAUCGCAUCCAGUGCAGCAGUUGACGAUUCCGCCAAGAAGGAAAAGCGUGGACUUUGGAAACUGGGAUACGGUCACGAUAACCUGAACCUGGAUCACCACUACAACAAUCACCACCUGGAUUUCGACCACCACAAGGAAGUCAAGCACAUUUCGACCACCAUCACCAAGAACGUCCCGGUUCCGUACCCAGUUGAGGUCGAAAAGCAUGUCCCCGUGGAAGUGAAGGUCCCCUACCCGGUCCAUGUCGAGAAGAAGGUUCCAGUCUACGUCGAAAAGCAAGUGCCGGUGGUCGUUGAGAAGAAGGUCCCAUAUCACGUCGAUCGCCCAGUUCCCUACCCAGUCGAGGUCAAGGUCCCAGUCGUCCACAAGGAAUACGUCGAAGUGCCCAAGCCGUACGCAGUUCAUGUUGAGAAGCCCGUUCCAGUGGUUGUGCAGAAGCCGGUGUAUGUCGAGAAGCAUGUCCCGGUGACCGUGCACGUCAAGGAGCACCACCACAAGAACAAGCACUGGGGACUGUUCUAAGCGAUUAGUGAUCCGUUGAAUGUUUUGAGAUUGAUUGAUUGAAAUGGAUGAAUAAAUGAGUUUGCA